AUGGAGGAAAAUGGUGGUUGUAAUUCUUGUUUGACAAAAAUCAAGGUGCUGCGAGUUUCUCUGGUGGAUGAACUCGAAGGACGCAUUGACUCUCUGCUGGAACUCUUGGUAAUUCAAGAGGUGUUCACUCGUGAUGACCGUGAGGAGGUGUUGUGUCAGCUGGGGCCACGGGCAAGAGUUAGAAAGGUGUUGGAUAUCCUGGAGUGUAAAGGCGAGGAAGCAGCAAAGAUUUUUUUCUCAAUUAGCAGUCAUCAUCAGCAAGAAGCACAAAUGCACUCCAAAGAAGGCAACACAGAUCAGCCUCAGUCUGUAGAGUAUAACAAAGUCAAACAAAAGCAUAAAGAUGUCCUCAAGCGCCGGAGUGAGAGCAUGCUCUUCUACAACACUCGACACGGAGAGAAAAUUGCUUUCUCUGAACAUUAUGUCAGUCUCUUGUUGGUCGACGGACACCAGGGAUUAGAGAUAAAAAGACAUGAGGUCCUGGCGUUUGGACAGAAGCGACUAUCUUUGCAGCAGAAGUCAGCAGUGCAUCGGAAAAUCGCACCAGCCAAACUCUUUACAUGCACAAAUGGGAACCGUCCAGUCAAGAAAGUUCUGGUGACAGGGGUGGCGGGCAUUGGGAAAACCGUCCUGGUGCAGAAGAUGCUGUUAGAUUUUGGGGGGAACAAGGAAAGUCUUGCAUUUGACUUCAUCAUCCACAUGACCUUUAGAGACCUAAAUCUGAUUGACAAACCUACAAACUUGCGGGAGUUGGUUUUGCGUAAAAACAGGCACCUGGCAAAGGAACUGGAUAACAUUUUAGCGAAUGACAACAAACUGCUAAUCAUUUUGGAUGGUUUUGAUGAGUUCAGACACUACAGGAGCUGUGAUAUAGACGUAUAUGUGACUGAGCCAGAUGAAGAUGCAGAAGUGGUGGAGGUCCUUGGGAGCUUGAUGCAAGGUGAACUGCUGCCCAAUGCUUCUGUUAUGCUCACAAGUCGACCUUCGGCGAUCAACCACAUCCCUGUGGGCUGCAUUGACCGCUUUGUGUUCAUUGCCGGCUUCUCCUUGGCUGAAGUUCAAGACUUCUUCUUGCGUUACUUCCAAGACCGUGCCCUUGCUGACCGCAUGUUCGCCGUAGUAUCAGAGAAUGAACUAAUGCUGACUCUGUGCUACAUACCUGCAUUUUGCUACAUUGUGUGCUGCAUCCUCAAAGAAAGCAAAAACCUCUGUGGAGAGAGCCCCAAGACCAUGACGGAUAUUUAUGUGCAGUAUCUGGUGGCCUUGCUUCGCUCUCACACCCAAGGACGAGCCGAAACAUUUCUUCAAGAGCAAAGAGCAGGGCACGUCCAGCAGCUGUCUGAUAUUGUGUUGAAGCUGGGUCGGCUCGCUUUUCACAAACUAAUGGAGCAUCAAACACUAUUCUACAGCAGCGACCCAGAUAUUGCAGCGUUAGAAGGAUGCAGCCUUGUUAGUACCUUCCUUGACAAGACAGUGGCACAAGAGCCUGGCUGCACUGAAGAGGUUUACUCCUUUGCACACCUUACUGUUCAAGAGUUCUUUGCUGCAGUUUAUUGUGCAAUGACAGAUCACCCUUUACCUGAUGCACUUCAGCACACCGCAAGUCCCGGGGAGGGGUCCAACUAUGAACAUUUGGACCUUUACAACCGCUUUCUCUCUGGAAUUCUUUCGGAACGCAAUGCUAAUCUUCUGUCUAGGCAGGUGGGUCUGUGUUGCCAACAGGAAAAAGUGGACACCUAUCGUCAGAGGAUCAUCAGAGAACUUACGAUGCUCUGCGAGACUGGGGCCCAUAUCCUAAACCAUUUACACUGCCUGUUUGAGCAACAGGACCCCUCUUUGGCUCUUGAUGUACAAACAAAGACAUUACGAAUUAAUGUUAGUGAUGAAACACUCUCCCAAAUGGAUUACAAUACCAUCAACUACUUCCUAAACCUUACAAAGGGUGAAAUAUCAGAGUUGGAUCUGACAGGGACAGGAGUAAGCUUCCACGCACUUAGAGAUAUUCAGCCCCAGCUACUCAGAUGUAAGAGUCUUUGGCUUGGAGAAAACCACCUCGACAUGGACACAGUUCAGGUCAUUGCUGAUGUGCUUCAAGAGUCAGAAAGUAUAACCCACCUAGGACUUGGAUGGUCAAACAUUGGUGAUGAUGAACUACUGACUCUUUCUAGCGCCAUACGGGUGAAAAGAAAGCUUCAAGAAUUGUGCUCGUGGACCAGCCAGAGGUCCGCUGGAGAGGAAGAGGACAGGGCCACCGGGGAAGCCAAGGUGCAGCCUUCUACACCUGGAUGGUGGGAUCUGCAGCGGGUCCCAGAUGUUGGGUGCUCAACAGCUCGCGGCAGAGCAAACAGACGAUUCACAGAGAACGACAAGACACCUACUCCUCCCAGAGGUGCCUGUCCAGAGAUCCCAGUCCUUAUCUUUGACAUUUUAACAACACACCAGACAAAGUACUGCACCCCAAAUCCAGUACCAGGAACCUGCAUGGUGCCAUCUGCAAACGAUGCAGGGAGAUCCCAACCGAUAUUGGAGCGCAAGUGUUGUGGCAAACAUCCACCAAAACUGCAUAUCAACCCUUCCGCCACUUCGACCGUCUACAUUCUGGAUGCAGGAGUCCUCCAGACUUUCUACACCAGACAUUUGGAACGACAUAAGGGCCGUAGAGGAUGCCCCAGAUCCAGGCCGAAGAGCCCACCCAAGCAGUUUAGAUAUGCUGCCUGA